AUGUUUAAACAAUUAUCCCAGUUGGGUAAGAAUAUUUCGGAUGAGAUCUCGAAAGGGUUAUCUGAUGAUCUCAAUUCUUCAGUAGAACAGUUUGUAGAUGAUAAUAGUGGGUUGCCAAAGGAAGUUCAAACUAAAUUACGUAAAUUUGAAAAAUAUGAACAAAAAUACCCUUUAUUACUUCAAGCUUAUAAGAAUGAAAAAAUUAAAAGUGAAAAGUUUCAAGAUGUCGAGAAAGUUUUAAUGGAAAAUACUCCAAUUUCAAGUAUUGAUGAUCUCGACUCUCUUCCUUCCUUUUUUAAAAAUAUAAAUGACAAAACUGCGAUGUUAAAUGAUGAAAUUAAAAAACUAUCAGCACUACAAUCUAACAAUACUUCAACUAAAGAUGCCUCAUUGAAUGCUGAAGUUUCACAUGAAAAACACCACACAGGUAGUGAUGCUCUUCAAAAUCAAAUCGAUAAGUUAACUGAAGAAUUAGAGGAUCUAAAAAAAGAAUGCGAAGAACAUAAGACAACCGUUAAAACGCAACGUGACCAGACUUCUAAGUUAACCAAAGAUCUUGAAGAAAAAGAUACUAUAAUCGAGAAUCAAAAGACUGAAUUAUACGAAAAAUCUAAAAAGGAAGAUAAAUUAACUUCGGAAUUAAAAGAAAAUAAUAUCAAGAUAGCUAGUUACGAAGAAUCAAUUAAAUCAAAGGAUAUGGAAAUUAAUGGACUUAAGAGAAAGUUAAGUGAUCUUGAAAAUACUGAAAAUACUAAAAAUAAUGACAACGUAUCUUCACCAUUGAACACAGAACAAGCUAGUAUCUCUAAUGUAAAUGAAUCCAAUUCCACUAACGGUAAGAAGAAGAAAAACAAGAAAAACAAGAAGAAACCUGCAAAUCAAAAAGAAGAAUAUACUUCUUUUGUAGCUGAAGAAAAAUCAGCUCCAGGUUCGAAAGACAUGGAUAAUGAAGAAUACAAGAGUUUAUUGAAAGAAUUUAAUGACUUUAAAGAAGGUCAUAAACAAUGUGAAGAUAUUAAACUUAAAUUUGAAGAGUUAAAAUCAGAAAAUGAUAAGAUACAGUCAGAGACCUUACCAAAUUUAAAAAAAGAGCAUUUAAGUCUGCAAGACGAACUAACUAAGACAAAGGCAAACCUGAAGGGAAAAACAGAUGAAGUUGAGGAAGUUAGAGAAAUGCUUCGUGAUGUAGGUAACGAAUUAGUUGAAGCUAAGGAUGAAUUAAAGAAAUUACAAGAAAAUAAUGCGGGUGAUUCCAAUACUUUGAGAGCUGAAUUAGAUGAAGUACAUAAAGAGAAAGAGGUUUUAUUGAAGGAUUUCAAGAAUAAAGAAGAUGAAUUAGAGGCAUCAAUUAAGAAAUAUCAAGAUGAUAUAACUGAUCUAAAGAAAAACAUCAGCAAAUUAAAUGAGCAAAGGACUGCACACGAGCAAGCAAUUAGCCAGAGCAACGUAACAAUAACAAAGUUAAAGAAUGAUAAUAAUGUUCUAAACGUUCAAUUGAAGGAGCUGGCUGUGUUGAAAAAAUCAGAAAAUCAAUUGAAAACUAAUUUAGUUCAAAAAGAAAAGACAAUCACAUAUUUAGAAAACCAAAUUAAGAAAUAUACUGAAGAUGAAAAGUCGACCAAAACGUUAUUUGAUUCAUUGAAAAAAGAAAACGAACAAUUGAAGGUGUCAUCAGAUAACUUAAUAAAACAAAAUAAUGAGUUAAAAACUUCUGUAACUAACAGUUCUGCUUCAUUUGAGAAUUAUAUCAAGGAAAAUGGUAAACUAUCUGAAAGAUUAUCAGUUUUGCAAGAAAAAUAUGAUAGUAUUCAAAGCUUAAAGUCCAAUUCAAAUGAUCAAGUUGAAUUGAUUCAAAGACAAUGCGAAGAGUUGACUUUUAAAUUAAAAGAAGCUACAAAAAAGAAUAAUAUCAAUUUAGAAGAUGAAAUAAAUGAAUAUGCUAAUAUAAUCCAAGAUAAGACAAGAGAAGCUGCCACUAUGCGUAGAUUAUUAUCUGAUGCUCAGAAUAACGAAGAAUCUAAAUUUGUCGAUAUAAAACAUAAACUUGAAAGAGUUCUAGAAGAAAAAAAUAAAAUUCAGUCUGAUAUGGAAUUACAAGAUAGUAGAACUAGCAGAGAGAUUCAAAAUUGGAAAAAAGCUAGUGAUGAACUUAAUACAGAAAUCCAUGCAUUACGAUUGCGUGAAAAACAGUUAUUAUCUGAGAUUGAAACCAUUAAUGCUUUGAAUAAGGAUAUUAAAAUCCAGCAUGAUCAUCAAAGCAAUGACUCUGGAGAGUUAGAAAGAGUGACAUCAAACUUAAAAGAGUCGUUAUUAAAAUCAGAUAAGAAAGUCAGAGAUCUACAAGAAUCAAAUGAUGAAUUGAUGUCCUUGAACAAUGAUUUAAACAAAAAACUUGAUCGAAUCACUAAGAAUUAUAGAACAAUUUCUAAUCAACUGAGUACAUUGAAAGAGGAAAAAGUUGGAGAAUCAAACAGAACUAGCAGAUCUAACUCCAGUGUUUCUGUUUCGGCACUGAACAAUAACCCGCCAAAAGCUAAUGUAAACGUAUUGACCACUGUUCCCUCAUCCGUUGAGAAAGAAUCCGAAUUAAAUGAGAAACUUGCAUAUUUGAAGAAUGUUUUACUAGGAUUCUUAGAACACAAAGAUCAAAGAAAUCAACUAUUACCAGUAAUCUCAAUGUUAUUGAAACUGGAUAGUAGUGACGAAAGAAGAUUAGUAACAUCUUUAAAAUAA